UUUGUCCAUUUAUAUUUUUUUAAUAAUUGGCGUUUUGUUUUUUUUUCUAAGGGGACGUUUCAGUCUCACCCCAACUUAUGGAUUAUUUUCCGUGCCGGUUUAUAUGUAUUUCUCCUUUCACCUCCUAUUCGUUGUUCAUUAAAUUUAGCUUAUCACUUUUUUAGUGUAAUGUCGUCAAUGCCACAAUUAUCCAACGAUGUUUUACAAAUUAUAUCUGAAAAGCUACUCUUUAAAAAACCACUCGAUGAAGAAAUGUAUCGAAAAGAUCGACGACCAGACUCGAAGCAAAUGGAUUUGCGUUUAUUGACUGGUUAUACACUUUUCAUGUAUCACAGUGCAAAAAACAUGCAGGCUUUUCUUUCCAAUUUUACCAAGAUAAAGGUGCUUGAAUUUUUUACUUGUGGCGAAUUUAGAAUUGAUCUUUAUAAAGACAAAGUUUUGCCAUGGGAUGUCAAGAAAAAGAAUAAUAAUUUUACUGGACCAUACUCUGUUUCUAAGCAAUUGUUUUUGGAUCUUCACCGUGCUGGCUUUCUACGUAUUUCAAACAUUCAAAUAAAUGAGUGUUUAUAUGACUUUCCCGAUGAAACAUUUGAAUGUUUGGUAAAUAUGAAAGCUGUACAUACUCCAUCCACUUCAAGCUUAAUAAAAAUCUCAAAUUUGGAAGUUUCUGAGUAUGCAGUGACUUUUCAAAAGCACCUAACUACUUUACUUUCUAUUAACGCGGAGAAUAUUGAAUUUGACAUUCGAAAAAAUCUUAUUUUUGUAUGCAGUUCGUCCAAUGAACCUCCAAUUGUUAAUGAGCGUACAAAGAAGAUUGUAACAAUGUGUAGGCUUGAGAUGGAAUCGAUGAACAAUUUUCUCUACCAUUUCAAAAAUUAUAAAGAUUUUCUGCUUCUCUGCUGCCCAAAUCUUGAAUAUAUGGAAUUUGAGUUCACUAACUACAUUAACUUUUACCUAGAAGAAGUGGAAAAUUCUUCUAACGACUACCUUACUAAAUUGGAGGUCAUUAUUGUUCCAAUUAUAGAAGAUCUCAAACUCCUGCAUCGUGGUAGUGAACAUUUGAAGAUACGAAUUGAAUUUACUGCAAAAUUUUCAAUUAGAGAGGAAUUCGAGUCGAUUUCGAAUGAACACACAAUUUUCACAUUGGGAGAUGAAUUUGUUAUUGAUAAAUUAUCUGACGAGUAUUCUUCAUACAUUGCGCGCAAUAUAAAAUUUAGUGAUUCAAUUGGGAGACAGCAUGAGUGUUUAUUUCAAAUUUUCUGUGAAAAUCCAUAUUAUAAUUGUAAGUUUUAUAAAAAGUACAUUUUUUGCUAAUAGUUUGGUUUAGGUAUAAAAAGAAA